AUGCAGGUCUCCUUUGUGUGCUCCGAGCACAGCAUCAAGAGCCGGAGCGCGGAGGACCGGCUGAACAGGCAGAAUGCCAGCAGCCCCAGCCUCGGCACGCGCAGCAAAUUCCGGGCAGUGGCCAUGGUGGCCCGGAGCCUGGGGCAGCUCUCGGUGCAGAACGCGCCGUCGUCCAGCGAGUCCAGCAUCAAACAGCCGGGCAUGAAGUACAGAAAUCUGGGCAAGUCUGGGCUGCGUGUAUCCUGCCUCGGCCUGGGGACAUGGGUGACAUUCGGAGGGCAGAUCACAGACGAGAUGGCUGAGCAGCUGAUGACUUUAGCGUACGACAACGGCAUUAAUCUGUUCGACACGGCAGAAGUCUACGCUGCCGGCAAGGCCGAGGUUGUGCUGGGAAACAUCAUCAAAAAGAAGGGCUGGAGACGAUCCAGCCUGGUCAUCACCACCAAGAUCUUCUGGGGAGGAAAAGCAGAGACGGAGCGGGGUCUGUCCCGGAAGCACAUCAUUGAAGGUCUGAAGGCGUCGCUGGAGCGGCUGCAGCUGGACUACGUGGACGUGGUGUUUGCCAACCGGCCCGACCCCAACACACCCAUGGAAGAGACGGUACGCGCCAUGACCCACGUCAUCAACCAGGGGAUGGCCAUGUACUGGGGCACGUCGCGCUGGAGCUCCAUGGAGAUCAUGGAGGCGUACUCAGUGGCACGGCAGUUCAACCUGAUCCCACCGAUCUGCGAGCAGGCUGAGUACCACAUGUUCCAGCGGGAGAAGGUGGAGGUGCAGCUGCCUGAGCUCUUUCACAAGAUAGGUGUCGGUGCCAUGACCUGGUCACCGCUGGCGUGCGGCAUCGUCUCAGGGAAGUAUGACGGCGGCAUUCCUCCAUACUCAAGAGCAUCACUGAAGGGGUACCAGUGGCUGAAGGACAAGAUCCUGAGCGAGGAGGGCCGGCGGCAGCAGGCUAAGCUGAAGGAGCUGCAAGCCAUCGCCGAGCGCCUGGGCUGCACGCUGCCACAGCUCGCUAUCGCGUGGUGCCUGCGCAACGAGGGCGUCAGCUCCGUGCUGCUGGGAGCCUCCAACGCCGACCAGCUGAUGGAGAACAUCGGAGCCAUACAGGUCCUUCCCAAGCUGUCGUCUUCCAUCGUCCAUGAGAUCGAUAGCAUCCUGGGCAACAAACCCUACAGCAAGAAGGACUACCGCUCCUAGGCGCCCGGCACGCCACCCCGCCGCCCGAUCGCUUGCUUACGCUUGGAUGAAGCAAAGUGGAGAGCGCGGCCCGCAUCAAGAACAGCACGCCAAGAGUGUAGAGAAACCGUUCCAAACGUCGCUGCAAGAGAACAUAACGCUUACUACAUAACAUUUACUUUGAAUGCAAGAAAGCCGCCGCCGGGGAGAGUGCUGGGCAGCGCGCGCCCGCGCCUGGACUCGGA